GCCAGCGAGCCAGGCAGCCAGCGGCAGCUGCAGCGCCGCCACCGCAGCACAAGGGCAGACGCGCCGCGGUGCGGGGCCCGGGCCAGGGCGCGCGGUGCCCUGACUGCUCCCGCGCCUGCCUCACCGCAGACUGAAGAAGAUAUCUUUCCUUUGGUUGUUACUAUGCCCCUUUGAAAGCAGGAGUACAAAGAUUCUCCUGAUAUUUGCAACUAAGCUAGAUGUGGGAAGCCAGACUAUGAGACUGACUUGAAGAAAACCAUUACCUGUCAUUAAAAAUAAGAGUUGAAAGAAAACCUGAGGGCCUUCUCAUCCAAGAGUGUUUAGUGACACAUUUGUGUGAGGUUGAGGGAGUUCUUGGACUUCAAAGACUCAGAACUCAGCCUGAGAGCCCAUGACCAGGAAAAGUACCACUGUUUUGUUUACAACUUUGGGCACUACUGUUGAUUUCUUCAGAACAUGCUAGGAACUGGACCUAGGAGGGACAGACAAAAGGAACCUGAACAGACUGACCCUCAAGAAUGACCUAAAAACUACACUUUCCCAGUCGUGAAUGAGCCCAGGACUCAAACUCGUCCUUCAGAGGCUUCGUUUGCUGGAGAUGGAACAAGAAGAUCAGGGUGUGUGUGAAUACCAGGACUCAGAAGACAGAGAGAUGGGUUCUGAUUUUGAGAACACCGAGGACAGGGAAGGGGACCCAAAGGAAAGAGGAAUGGAUUCUAAUCCACAGGAUGCAGGAGACAGAGGCCACCUGGUGGAGGAGAUGGACUCCAAUCCACAGGACGAAGCUCUGAGAGGGCACAUGCGGGAGAGGGAAGUAGCACCUAGCACCUGCACAGAGGAGCUACUGAGUGAGGAAGAAGGGGUUGCUGUCCCUGAGGAGGUGGACCACCAGUUUGGUGUGGCUGACAUGGCAAUGUUUUCAGGUCUGUCUGAGUCAGACAGCAUGGCCCGGAGCCCAGAAGAGGAGGCAGAGGAGAGCACUGGGGAGAACCAGCUGGAAGAGGAAGAGGAGCAGCCUCCCCCUCCUGUACUUCCCUGGAGGCGCCACCUCUCCCUGGGGCGACGGCACCGGGGCGACAAGCCCUCCCACCGCCGUUUUCACCGACUGCACCACCCCUUGCCCUUGGACCUCGGGGAGCUUGACAGCCUGGUGGCCAGCAUCAUGGACUCCCCCACCAUCUGCCCGGACUGUGGGGAGAGCUUCAGCCCUGGUGCGGCUUUCCUGCAGCACCAACGCAUUCACCGCUUGGCGGAGGCCGCUGCUGUGGCCAGUCUGCAGUCCUUUGGCCUGGCGAGUGAGUGUGGGGCAGUGGUGGGCAUGAUGGGGGUAAGCGUGGCAGGGGCGUUCGGAGCGGGGCCCGCGUUGGCCCGGCCCCCCCGCGAGAAGCCUUUCCGCUGUGGGGAGUGCGGCAAGGGCUUCAGUCGCAACACCUACCUGACCAACCACCUGCGCCUGCACACAGGCGAGCGGCCCAACCUGUGUGCGGACUGCGGCAAGAGCUUCAGCUGGCGCGCAGACCUGCUCAAGCACCGCCGCCUGCACACGGGGGAGAAGCCCUACCCGUGCCCUGAGUGCGGCGAGGCCUUCAGCCUCAGCUCACACCUGCUCAGCCACCGGCGUGCACACGCAGCGGCCAGCGGUGCGGGCGCAGAGGCGCUGCGGCCUUUUGCCUGCGGGGAGUGCGGGAAGGGCUUCGUGCGCAGGUCCAACCUGGCCAACCACCAGCGCAUCCACACCGGGGAGAAGCCGCACGGCUGCAGCGAGUGCGGGAAGCGCUUCAGCUGGCGCUCAGAUCUGGUGAAGCAUCAGCGUGUGCACACAGGUGAAAAGCCCUACAUGUGCUCUGAGUGCGGGGAGACCUUCAGCGUGAGCUCGCACCUGUUCACGCACAAGCGCACGCAUUCGGGAGAGCGGCCUUACGUGUGUCGCGAGUGUGGCAAGGCCUUCGGGCGCAAUUCGCACCUGGUGAACCACUUGCGGGUGCACACAGGCGAGAAGCCCUUCCGCUGUGGCCAGUGCGAAAAGUGCUUUAGCGACUUCUCCACGCUCACUCAGCACCAGCGCACCCACACGGGUGAGAAACCCUACACGUGCAUCGAGUGCGGAAAGAGCUUCAUUCAGAGCUCACACCUGAUCCGCCACCGCCGCAUCCACACGGGCAACAAGCCACACAAGUGUACGGGUUGUGGCAAAGACUUCCGCUACAAAACGCACCUCGCACAGCACCAGAAGUUACACCUGUGCUAGGGUGGGUGGAGAGAGUAAGUGGGGAGUAGGUGUCCCCUGAAUAGACCCUCUCUAAGGACGCAGGGUAGGGGUAGGGGGACAAUCUGAAAGUGAUUGGAGAGCCUGCGGUCCUGGAGGGAAGGGUUGAGCCGUUAUUUCAGGGUGCUAUAUUUUGCCUUCCUCCUCUCCAUCAGAGAAACUUUUGGGAGGUGUAGUUGAGUAGAUGAUUUCCUUGAAGAAGCCCUGUAGGGAGUGAAGAGUGUGGCUGAGCCAGCACUCUGCGGACCUUCCGGAAGGAGAUUUGGAGUGGGGAACCAGAUGACAGCCACAGAUUACAUUGGCUUCAGUGGUCUGUGGGGAUCAGGGAAGAAAUGAGGGUUAUGAAGUAAAAUAAAAUGCAGGUGUAAAUCUGUCUCUGUCACACUAGGUGGUGACCAGUGUUUGCCCUGACCUCGACCCUCCAACCCCAUCAGCUGUAGUCGACCUUAUAGGAGAAGAGGUUGACUGUACCCUUCUGUUCCUUUCUCUGAGCCACAGUUAGCUGCUAUUUUGAGGUAUCCAGGGGAAAAGGCAUGAAAGGUGACACACCUUCAUUUCAAGGGGCAAUAUCUGGGGCUCAGACAUUCAUUUAUAACUGGUUCUCAGAUCUCUUGGCAAAUCCUGCUCCUGGUUCUUUGCUGCUUCUUGAAAGCGCUCUAGCUUCAUGCUGAGUCUAGGCUGUUUGUGAAGAUGACCCAUCUCUUUCUCUCUAUUGCAGGUAUACACGAGGCCUAGUAUUUUUUUUUUUUUUUUUAAUGUCUCACUUGUGAUUUUUCAGGUACCAGGAAAUGAAACAAUCCCAGUUCUGUGUGAUUUUCCCCUUCUCAGGUCAGCUUGGUGUGUGUUUUAAAGGAACAUGAGAUAUCAGCAGCUCCGCCAGUCUCCUACCAAAAGAAUUAGCUUUGAGUUUUGCUGGCCUAAUGUGAGAAAUCCAAGAGAGUAAUGUUUGCACGUUGAAAAGCAAGGCUCCUUUGUCUCAUUUGUCUUCACUUUGCAGGCAUAUGCCCUGUCCCCCAAUCACCCCCAUACCUCCAUCCUUACUAAUGAGGGGUCAAGUCCAAGCAGGGAGUUCUGUUUCCUAUGUGUGGAGGCACUGUAGAAAUCUCAAGGCUUUACACAGAGGGCACAGUCUGGGAGAGGUGUAAAAGCAACAUUGCCAAAUAGCACAAGCAAUGAAUGUUCUCUAGUUCUAUAGAUGCCAAAAUAACACUUGGGUUUGCAAAGUGCUUUAUGCUUUUUAAUGAUUGUUAGUUGUUUCUCACAUCUUUGUGAGGUGAAUCAGUAUUAUGACCUGUUGUAGGGAAGGCCUGGGGACAGGAAUGUGGCAGGGUGUCCUGAAGUAAGGCUGAGGCCAGUGUGAAUUGGUGUGGCCUAACCUUUCCUGUCCUCUGGCUCACCUGCUAGGAAGACUUAACUGUCAUGACUGCAUGAUAAAAACACUGAACAGUUUUAUGCUUGAUGGAAAAUUGAAAUCUAGCUUAGAAGGGCCAAAGAUGUCCUUAUUGACAAAGCUGGUCUUUGUCACCUAGUUAGGGUGUCCUAACUAUGUUCCAUUUCUAGUAGGGGGCUGUAGUUAGAUGACUCUUGUGUAGAUUUCAGUUCAGUAUCCUGAAAAUUACCUCCCUUGGGCUAGCUUUAGAAGUUAGAGUUGUGGAAAGGAGUGUUUUCUUCACUAAUAUUUGUUACUCUAUACUAUUCAUAGAAGCGUUUUCACAAACUGUUAGACACAGUUGAAGGGAAAAAUACUACAAAAUUGUUUUUACAGUUUUAGAAAACUUUCUGUGGAUGCUAGUAAUUUAUACUUGAUCAGUUAUAUUCUAGCAAAAAAACCUCUUUGAGAACUGUAGGAAAGCAUGUUUUUGUCAUAACAAAAGAAUUCUGAGAAUUUUGGGUUGUAUAUUGCCUAUCGAUCUUGCCCUCCUAAUUUUUUUUUAUUAUUCAUAAGUGAAACUGGAUAUUCACACUAGGAAUAGUUUUGAAAGAUACUAAUUCAUUUUUAUUUUCUUUUAAGCAAGACAAGCAAAGUACCUAUCCAUUAUUUAUUCUGACUUGUAGUCUGAAUACCAAGUGUAAACACUCUAUCAAAAAAUAAUACAAUCAGUUUGUAGGUAAUAUUUCUCCUUUGUGGUGGGUUGUUUUUUAGUGUACAUCUACCUCUUCCAGCUGUUUUAAAUUUUCUCAAGUCUGUGCCUAUAUAGUCUCAUCCAACUUUGAUUGUUUAUGAGUUGAUUACUGGUUUUGUGUUACUUGAUCAUUUGCUGCUGACAUUACACAGUCUUAUCAUUAUCAAAUGUAUUACACACAUCAGCAAAAUUGAUGGGGGGAAUGGGGAUCAAAGUUAGUGUAAAAUAAUGGCAGUGGAAGUCUCUGGGCUUUGUCUUUUACCCUUUUAUUAUUAGGGAAAAGGGUGAGCUAUGGAAUUAGAAUCCCUUCUCCUUAGCAAUAGAAGUGUUCAGACACCAGCACCCAGUCUCAUUGUGUAUUGAAAAUGUGAUUCUAUAUUUCAUAUGCUUUUCCAGGGUAGGUACCCUUAUUAAGUGAGGUUAAAUGCAGUCAGGAGGGUGUUUCUUGACUUUAAUUUUAGAGUAAUAAUAUUUCUUCAGCAAACCCUGUUAACUGUGGUUUACUUUUGGAAAUCUAAGGAUUAAUUUAAGGAUUUCUUCCUUCAAAUCAUUAAUGGUGAUAGCAGCAAGUAUAUUAUUUGUUUCUUGGGGAAUUUGGCCAAGACCUGUGCUAAGCAAAACCUAAAGCAGUUAAAAGUUUGAUUAAAUCUUGAGUUCUGGGUUGGAAGGAGAUAAACACUUAACCCCUUGAGCUGUAUGGUCUCUUUACAGUCAAAAGACUGUGUAUGUAUGUGAAAAGGUACAAAUUAAGGAUUUGUGUUCAUAGACAAUCUGAACUGUGUUUCUGGUUUAUGCACACUUUUCUUCACUGUAAUGACUUUACAUCUGUUUGUUAAAAUACUGACUAAUUUAAUGCUCCUAAGAGAAACAGGUUUUGUGUGAGUGUGUUUAUGUAUAUGAGAAUUGCCUUGUUUUGGGGUUGUUUUAUUUAAUAUUGGUUCUUUGGACAGUAUUCUGGUGUUCAGCAACAAAUACGGAAUGUUGGUCAUUAAAUCCGUAUCACUCUUUCACUGUUAUUUUUCCUUAUUUGUUAUUCAUACAUAAAAUGUCACACAGUUUGAUCUAUAGAAACGAUGCUAUGGUGAAAGAGGGAUUGGUGAACUACCAGAUCGGCUUGACUUUUUGUAAAUAAAAUUUUAUUGGAAGACAGUCUCA